CUAACUAAGGUGUCCCAGUCACAGUGACAGCCCUGUCUUCAGGUAGAUAUUUGUUGUAUACGAGGAUAAGGGCAGGAAACAGAGAACAGAUUUAUUCAUAGACGCCACAACAGAAGGGGAGUUUCACCUGUACCACUCACAUCAUGUUCUCAGUCAAGAUCAACACUAUCUUCUCUUGUUUGAUUGGUCUAAUUUACGGUCAUGUGGACAGUUUUAUGGCGUCACCGGAUGUCGACACAAAAGCUGGAUUUUUUCCUGAUUCUGGAUUUUUAAAAAGUAGUACCCAUCAAGAAACGUUCGUACCGGGAGCUGUUUAUACCCCACACCAUCAUCCCAGCCCAGCACCUAGUUACAACACAGAGUACAGUGGCAAUAACAUCAACUCUUUCUACCAGAGGAGUAGUAUUGACACACUUAUCUCCCCUGCCGAUCUAUUAGCGAAACGUCUGCAACGCCUGAUGGCUACCAUGUCAAACAGAAAGGCGAACAAAGUGCUUCCAUUAUCCAGCCACGUAGAAGAUCCUGGAUUCCUCCAUCUGUUCACUGGUGCUAAAGACAACAAGGGAUAAAACUCACAGAACAAAGAAACAUAAUUCAUAUUUAAUUGUCUUACUCAUUAUGUGUUGGUGCAGUGGUACUUUUCAUUCUGUAUACAUUUACUUCACAAAAAAAAAACUUUAUAAUUUUGCUGUUUCUUAGUUUAUUCCUUAACUUAAUAAAUGUAGAGAUAAAAUAUUA